CAUCAACAUCCUCCACUCCCACUAGACCACCAUGGCGUCAGCUCCCCUGCUAAGCGGCACGAUCGAGGCGGACGACGACACGACGCCGACGGCGACGUCAUUCCCGCGUGGAAACAUCGGCGACGCGCCCAACGCGCAAGCGCCGCGGCGCGAGCCCGUCGUUCUAGUCCCCGGCACGGCGGCGCAGGCUGAGGCCGGCAUCACAGGCAUCUUGAAAGCGAGCUCGCACCCCGCUGCGCUCUUCGCGCUGUACGCGUUUCGCUCGGCCGCGAUCGCGGUUUAUGUGCUGUGCGGAUUGUUCACGGACAACUACGUCCUCUCCAUCACGGUGGUCGUCGUCCUCCUUUCCCUCGACUUUUGGAAUACGCGCAACGUCGCGGGGCGUACCCUCGUCGGGCUGCGGUACUGGAAUGAAGUGGACGACGAGGGCGAGAGCGCGUGGGUCUUCGAGAGCCGCGACCCUAGCCAGCCCGCCAACCCCAUCGACGCGAAAAUGUUUUGGAUCGCGCUGUAUGCCUACCCCCUCGGCUGGGUUGCGCUGCUCAUCGUCUCGAUCCUCAAGUUCAACAUCUCCUUCCUCCCCAUCGUCUUGCUUGCGCUCGUGUUCAACUUCUCAAACGUGGUCGGGUUCACCUAUGCCGACCGGGACGCGCAGAAGCGCUGGGCGGCCUCCGGGUCCAACAUCUUCGGCGGGAUGGGCCUCGGCGGCCAGCUUGUUGGCGGCCUCGUGCGCAGCAGCGUCGGCCGCUUCUUCCGAUGAUAUAGAGCAUGCAUACAUAGGACGUGGCUACUAUACAGAACCAGCGUUGCUGGUGUUUUAUCUCGUCCGCAGGC